ACGGACCUAGGUUAUUAUGCGAUACUGGGAAAGUGUAAUGAAAUUAUAAGUAGAGCCGAGUGCUACCUUGCAUUCGAGGCGACUGCAGUUUGGGUCUGUUGGGGCUGUGGUUUUGAUCUUUUAGUUGCUGUUGAUGCUGCUGGGCCUGAAAUAGCGAAAAAAUUAAGCAAUUUAAUAAAAUAUAAUAAUAAACACAAUAAACUCAACUAACUAAUUGUUUACGCGCAUUCCGGUUUGUGGAUUGUGCGGGAGGGAGAGGGCCGACCGCUCCUCCGUUCCUCAUGUUUUGUUCGCUUUUGAUCGCCGUAUAGAAAUGUCAUUGAUUUAUAAUACAAAUUUAUAUCUUUAAUAUCAUCUUUUAUUUUGAAUGUGGAAUAAAUAUUCCGUGUUAACAUUUUUGGUCAUCUUCGAGCCGGAUAUUAAAAUUAAAUAAUAUCCGUGAUAUUAAAAUUAAUCAGUGCAUUUAUGCCAAUGGAAGCUAGAGGUCAGUGGAGGUCAUAGCCAGACAAAGGAUUACAGGACUAGUGCCGAGAAAUAAAGUUUGCUGCCCACUCCCAUAAUGUCUGAGAAAAGUGAUAUAUUAAAGGAAAUAUCUGACCUUACAAAAAAGCGUAGCAGUUACAAAGGGCAAGUUACGACAUUUAUUGGAUAUUUAAGUUCAUUUGAAUCGAGUUCGCCGCCAGAACAACGCGACUUUGGUGAGUUAGAAUUGCGUGUGGGGAGACUGGAUUCCUUGUAUGCUAAGUUUGACGACGUUCAGACACGGUUGGAGUGUAUUUGUGAUGAUGUCACACACGUCUUGGAGGAGCGCGAGGAAUUCGAAAAAAGAUAUUUUAAAACGCUGAGUCAAGCUCAAAAAAUUCUCUCAAAUUAUAGAAAGUCUUUAAUUCUUCUUCCUUCUGAAGCUGAGACUUGCAAUGUUUCUAACAGUGGUAAAAUUAGUCCUGUUAAAUUGCCCACCAUUCAAAUCCCAAAAUUUAACGGUUUAUUUAACGAGUGGAUCGGUUUUAGGGAUACGUUUAUGAGCCUAAUUCACACCAACGACGACCUAGACGAUAUUAACAAAUUCCAUUAUUUGAAGUCGUCUCUAGAGGGCAGCGCUGCUUUGGUAGUAUCUUCCGUUGAGCUCUCAGGAAAGAAUUAUAGCGUAGCUUGGACAUUACUGUGUGACAGAUUCGAUAAUAAAAACUUAUUAAUCCAACAUCAUGUUGCUGCACUAUUUAAAAUUGAACCUGUCACACGGGAGACAGCAUGUAAUUUAAAGGGUAUCGUUGACCAAUUAAAUAAAAACCUUAGGGCCUUAGAUACAUUGGGCGAAUCCACUAAACAUUGGGAUACUUUAUUGGUUUACCUAAUUACUCAAAAGUUAGACACAAAAUCAUUCCGAGAAUGGGAGGAAUAUAAAGGCCGGCUACCCACCGACACACGUAUUGAACUUUUACACUUAUUAGAUUUCUUACGUGUUCGCAUUACUUUAUUAGAUUCAGUUGAACACAACACAAAUUCAAAAAUUAAACCCAGUCACAAAAUUAUGACGUUACAGACUAAUAAGCCCAUCGUUAAUAAAAAUCAUUUGGUAUGUCCUAAAUGUAAAGGCGAGCAUAAACUAAAUAACUGUUCUGAUUUUUUAUCUUUAUCAAAUGAAGCUCGUUGUCAAUUAUUGCCUUCAUUAAAAGUUUGCUUUAAUUGUUUUUCAAAAACUCAUUUUUCCAAUAAUUGCAAGAAACCAGGUUGCACGAUAUGUAAAAGAAAACAUUCGGUAUUAAUUCACAUUCCAGAUAAGACGAAGCCGGUAGUACAUGGUGAGCGUGUCGACAGCGCCACCAGUGAUAACAAUGUGUUAACUUUAACGUCGAGUGUGUCUGCCGCGGGAGGCGUUGCAUGCGCCCGGGCGUUAUGCUUUUAACUGCACUCGUUAAGUUGUACGAUAAGAACAAUCGAGAAGUUAUCGCUCGCAUAAUGCUAGAUUCAGGGAGUACUACUAGCCUCAUGUCUGAAAAAAUAUUUAGACAACUAAAUUUGCCCUACGUUCCAAUUAAUCAAACCGUUCAAGGUAUUAAUUGUGCGAUCACGCAUAUUAAUAAAAGAUGUAGGUUAACGUUUUAAUCUUUAGAUGAGUCUUACACAUGUGAUGUUUACUGUUUUGUUUUACCAUCCUUGACGGAUGGUGUGCCAAAUCGUGCAAUUAAUAUUUCUAGUUUAAACAUUCCAUCUAAUAUUUGCCUGGCAGAUCCACAUUUUUAUAAGCCUGCGGCAAUCGAUUUAAUUUUAGGCGCUGAUGUUUUUUGGAACAUUUUAGGAUCGCAAAGAAUUAGUUUAGGUUGCAAUAAACCUAUACUUUGUGAAUCUAGGUUAGGAUGGCUAGUUUCCAGUCCAAUUUGUGAUACGGUUUUAUUUUCAACUUGUCCACCUAAUCGUAUUCAGUGCAAUUUUGUUAGUAAAAAUUUAAUUGAUGAUGAUAUUAAUUCUAAUCGUCAAAUUCAAAGUCAACUAGCUCGAUUUUGGAAUUUAGAAGAAGUAAAUUUUUCUUCUAGUUAUUCACUUGAACAAAAAUCAUGUGAAGAUCAUUUUGUUAAAACCACUACUCGUUUAGCGGACGGACGUUUCUGCGUAAGAAUCCCAUUAAAAGAAGACCCGAGUUGUCUAGGUGAUUCAUUUCAGCGAGCGAAACGGUGUUUUCUCUCUUUAGAACAGAGACUUAAUAAAAAUCCUAAACUUUACGAAAUGUAUCGUAAGUUUAUGACUGAAUACCAGUCGUUAGGUCAUAUGACCGAAUGUGACAUUAAUUUAAAUAAAAAUUGUCAGUAUAUUCCUCAUCAUGGCGUACUACGCGAAAGUAGUACGACCACUAAAUUAAGAGCCGUUUUUAACGCUAGUGCGCCUACGUCAAAUAAUUUAAGCCUUAACAAUAUUCAGAUGGUAGGUCCAACGGUUCAGGACGAUCUUGUGUCCAUUCUUUUGAGGUUUAGACAACACAAGUACGUGAUUUUAGCCGACGUUGAAAAGAUGUAUCGCCAAAUUAUCGUUCACAUUAACGAUAGGUACUUGCAAACUAUCCUUUGGCGUGAUAAUCCGUCACAACCGUUAAGAGCAUUUCAAUUAAAUACGGUCACUUAUGGCACCGCGAGUGCGCUAUUUCUUGCAACCAGGUGCCUUAAGCAAUUAGGACUCGAGUGUAAGGACCCUCAAAUCGCUGAUAUUAUAUUACAUGAUUUUUAUGUCGACGAGUUGUUGAGUGGUGGGGAUAAUUUACAUGUAGUUCGUGAUAUUCGUGAUAAGAUUACGACUUUACUAGAAGUGAGCAGAGGCAAGGGUGCCUCUGCUCACUUACCACUAAGGAAGUGGAAAUCUAAUGAGCCUCAGUUAGUUUUAGAGUCCAACGAGUCCACGCAUGAUUUAAAUGUUGGCGGUAAUGAGCCGAGUAAAACCUUAGGCUUAGGAUGGUUACCGGAAUCAGAUAAGUUAUAUUUUCCUAUUGGUCCAUCUUUUGCAAAGAAAGCAAGUACGAAACGGGAGUUGCUUUCUAUAAUUUCCCAAGUAUUUGACCCACUUGGCUUGCUUUCUGUUAUAGUUAUUAAAUUUAAAAUUAUUUUACAAAGUUUAUGGUUAAAAAAUAUUUCAUGGGAUGAUCCUUUACCAUCGGAUAUUCAAGUUGCUGGGCUAAAUGCCAUUAAAAAUAUAAACAUUUUAAAUAAUUUACGUUUACUCACGACGCGUAUUGAUUGAUUCAUAUGAGCGAUUAGAAAUACAUAUAUUUUCCGACGCAUCGGAGAAGGCAUACGGUGCGUGUGUGUAUGUUCGUAGCACUGACAGUAACGGCAAUAUUUCAGUUCAGUUAUUAUACGCUAAAUGCAGAGUAGCGCCCAUUAAACCUAUAACAAUCCCUCGUCUUGAAUUGUGUGGUGCUCAAGUUGCUGCAAAACUUUAUAAAAAAGUUCGCGAAUCAUUGCGAGUGAAAAUUGCUAAAACUAUUUUUUGGACAGACUCGUCUAUCGUGGUUGGUUGGUUGAAUAUGCUUCCUAGUAAAUUGAAUUCAUUUGUACGCAAUAGAGUAGGUGAUAUUUUAGAAAAUACCGGUAGCUGCGAAUGGCGUCAUGUCUCGUCCAAGCAUAACCCGGCGGAUUUAUUAUCACGUGGAGUUUGCGUCGAAAAUAUUCAAUCGCUUGAUAUGUGGUGGUCAGGGCCACCGUUUUUAAAAUUGCCCGAGAAAAAAUGGCCCAUUACUGCUAUUAAGUUAGAAAUAUUGCCUGAAUUACGUAAUCAAAAUUGCGCAUUUGUUUCAUGUGAUAUGCCUACAUUCAUCAACUUUGAACGGUUUUCGAACUUUAUUAGAUUGCGUCGAUGUGUUGCUUAUGUAUUGAGAUUUAUAAAAGCUUGUAAAGGACAUCGAGCAGAAACUAAUUUUCUUACAGAAACUGAAUUAAAUGAGUCCCUAAAUACUAUAGUUCGAGUAGUUCAAAAGGAAUCAUUUUCUGAGUAUAACAUUUUAGAACAAAAGAAAAAUUUGCCUUCAAAAAGUUCAUUAUUAAAAUUUAAUAUUUUUCUUGAUGAAAACAGUUUAUUGAGAGUUGGCGGUCGUAUUAAUAACUCAGAAUUUUCGUAUAAUAAAAAACACCCUUUGUUUUUACAGUCCACUCAUCGUUUUACACUAUUAUUAUUUCAAUAUGAACAUGUUAGGCUUAUGCACGCUGGACCGCAGCUACUGUUAGCAUCAGUUAGAGAAGUCUACUGGCCAAUCGGUGGUCGCAACCUGGCUAAAUCUGUAUACAGAAGGUGUGUUUUAUGCACACGUAUAAAAGGUCGGAUAAAUGCUCCUCUCAUGGGUGAUCUACCUAAAAAUCGUCUUAUUCCUUGCGGACAUCCAUUUGAGACUGUAGGAGUGGACUAUGCGGGUCCUAUCGCAUCCGUUAGUCGUCAAGGUCGUGGUUGUCGUAUCGUCAAGGUUUAUAUCGUCGUUUUUCUUUGUUUUACUACUAAAGCCUUGCACUUGGAAUUGGUGGGUGAUUUAUCAAGUAAUAAUUUUAUUUCUACACUUCGACGGUUUAUUGCUUGCCGCGGUAAGCCACAACACAUUUACUCUGAUAAUGGUACGACGUUUGUAGGAGCUUACAACGAAAUAGCCAGUUUUCUCAAGCAAAAUUCUAACUCACUUGCUAAUGAUUUAAUAAAUGAAGGAAUUAAUUUCCACUUUAUACCUGCGUAUUCGCCACAUUUCGGAGGAAUAUGGGAGUCGGCAGUCAAAUCUACUAAAUAUCAGUUAGUUAGAGUAUUAGGUAAUAGUAAAUUGACGUUCGAAGAGUUGUAUACAACUUUAACUCAAAUAGAGGCUAUUUUGAACUCUCGGCCACUUACCCCCCUAUCAUCAACACCAGAAGAUUUGACCCCACUGACUCCAGGGCAUUUUUUAAUUGGUCGACCUUUCACGGCAAUUCCAACUUCUGAUUUACGGCAAGGAAAGGAAUCUCAAUUAAAUCGAUUUAAAAGAACAGAACAACUUCGUCAGCACUUUUGGGAGCGAUGGAGUAAAGAAUACAUUUCAGAAUUACAAAAACGCACGAAAUGGUUAACAUCAAAGCAAUCCUUGGCUCUUAACACGAUGGUAGUGAUAAAAGAGGAUAAUCAACCUCCUCUCAAAUGGAAGCUGGGCCGCAUUGUAGCGCUACACCCUGGUCCAGAUGGAGUUGUUCGAGUCGCCGACGUCUUAACUUCGAAUGGAGUGAUCCGGAGAUCCUUUUCCCGAAUUUGCCCUUUACCAGUUGAACAAGAUGGUUGACAGCAGAGCUCUCAACGCGUGGGGGCAUGUUUACGCGCAUUCCGGUUUGUGGAUUGUGCGGGAGGGAGAGGGCCGACCGCUCCUCCGUUCCUCAUGUUUUGUUCGCUUUUGAUCGCCGUAUAGAAAUGUCAUUGAUUUAUAAUACAAAUUUAUAUCUUUAA